UUGAUGUCAUUGUCGCUAUUGAUCUUUCAUCGGAUAUAUUAAUUUUUGAAAGAAUAAAAAAAAAUCCAAUUUAAUUGAAAGCAUUUUUUUUUUUUGCUACUGAAAUACAUUUUCUUAUUUCAUAUCCUUGUUUGGAAAUUGAAAUUUAAAAAAACUUAUAAAUUCGUCAAUUCAUCAAUUGGUGCGACAAACAUACGGAUCGACAAACAUUAUUGAUUGAUCAUAAAUAAAAUUAAAAAUGAUGAAAAAUUUUUCCGAACAAAUUAUCAUUCAAUAUUCAUAUAAAAUUGGCUUAGCUCGUUGCCGUGAUGUUGAGAAUAUUCAUGAUAUCGAAAAACGUUGCCAUUUUAUUCGAACAACCGCUGCUUGUGCUUAUGAUGGUAUUCUGUUUUCACCUAUUGAAUUGGCUUAUUGUCAAUUUGAUGAAUUACCUUUGUUAAGUUUUCCGAUUCUGCUUGCCAUGUUAUUCAUGCUGUUUUUCAUCGUUGGUUUGGUUGCUGAUGAAUUCCUUUGUCCAUCAUUAUUGACCAUAUCGAAAACAUUACGUCUUCCGAAUAAUAUUGCUGGUGUUACAUUAUUGGCAUUCGGUAAUGGAGCACCGGAUAUAUUUUCAUCAAUCGAAGGUAUUAGCCAUUCAAAACCAAAUUUAAUAUUUGCCAGUCUAUUUGGUGGUGGUACAUUUGUUACCACUAUUGUUAUUGGUAGCAUUAUAUUGAAUGGUGAAUUUAUCAUGAGUAAAAGACCAUUAGUUCGUGAUAUUGUUUUCUAUAUUGGCGCUACGUUUAUGACAUGGGCAUUUAUUUAUGGAAGAACGCUUAAAAUUGACAAUGUUAUUGCUUUGGUUUGCUAUUAUCAUGUUUACAUAAUUACCAUUUUUAUAAGUCGUUAUGUUUAUUUGCGAUUUCAAAAACCAAAACAACAACAGCCAGUUAUGGUUGAAGAACCACGAUUAUCCGAGAUUAGUGUAUCGAUAAUCGAUGUUGAUGAUGAUGAUCAAAUAUUAUCGAAAUCAGCUUCAAAAUCAUCGAUAAUGAAUUUGAGUAGAAAAAGUUCACAACUUUCAUAUGGAACAUCGAUUUCAGAUUUGAAUGAAAUCGAUGAUGAUAUGAUUCGAUCAAGAUUUUACCGUAAUAGUAGUAUAGCUCGUAGUACACGUAGUCGUAAAAUAUCUGAAUCCAAACAUAUUGCCCAUCAUCAUUGGUCCAAUACUAUUCAUAGUGUUUCAAAAUCAUUGGCAACAGAUGAAGAUUAUCUUGAUAACAAUGAUUCAAUUGAUUCACAUAGUUAUUUGAAUCAAAAUGAAUAUCGAAUAACAUAUUUAUCACAAUUUUCAAUGGUUGAAAUGAUGAGCGAAACAAAAAAUUUCCUACUUCACAUCUGUCCUAUUGAUCUACUUGAAUGGAAUGAAAAUUCAUUCAUUAAAAAAUUAUUUGAAUUAAUUAAGGCUGGACCAUAUUUUCUUCUUAUUGUUUGUAUACCUGUUGUGGAUCUAGAAUCGGUCAAUGAAAAUUGGUGUCGUCUAUUGUGCUGUAUAAACAUUGUUAUUGCACCACAAAUUAUUCUAUUUCUUCAACAAAUUGAUUAUGAAAUUGAUCAUCAAUUUCCAAUAUGGGCAUUAUUAUUGAUUAUAUCACCAAUAUUGAUUAUAUUCAUAUUGUUAACAUCGGAUAAAAAUCGGCCACCUAUUUAUCAUCGAAUAUUUGCAUUCAUUGGUUUUAUCAUUUCCAUCAUAUUCAUUAAGGUUAUUGCUAAUGAAAUUAUAAGUAUUUUACAUACAAUCGGUAUUUUGUUUCAUUUAUCGGAUUCAUUUCUUGGUCUAACUAUACUAGCAUUGGGUAAUAGUGUUGGUGAUUUAAUGUCCAAUCUAUCGAUGGCACGUCAUGGCUAUCAUAGUAUGGCUAUUGCUGCAUGUAUUGGUGGACCAUUGUUCAAUCUAUUAAUUGGUUUGGGUGUUCCAUAUUUAACAUUAUUUAUUAAAAAUGGUAAUUUUCAUGGGAAAAUAAAUAUUCAUUAUACACAUAUGAUAAGUUUACCAUAUGCAGCAUUGACAACAAGUCUUUGUACAUCGUUAUUGAUAUUUGUAUUGGGAAAAUUUCGUUCAUAUCGUAUACAUGGCUACAUAUUGAUCAUCAUUUAUAUUGUUUAUAUAAUUUUGGCCAUUUUAUUGGAAUUCAAAGUUAUUUAAAACAUUGACUCAUCUAACCCACUUUAUUUUGUUCAAGUUUUAUUCAUUUU